CUGUGUCAGGGUGAAGAGAGAGAGGAGAGUUAAUGACUUACUGUAUAGACUUUUGUCGGUAUUCAGAAACGAGGUCGAAUGUUAGAGACUAAGGAAGCAAAAAAAGAGAAAAAGCGUUAUGGGCUCAUAAGGCUCGCAAAUAGCGGCACCGCUCCUCUCACAUGUUGUUAAUAACCUAAGUUUCCUAUUUGUUUUCUCCCCAUCCUCUCAUCCUAUAAGUGAGAGGGAGAGAGAGAGAGCCUUUAUGUUCUUGUAAGUAUGUUUAAGGUUUUCUUUUAUAUGUUCUAGACUCUGUUUCUCCUCUGUUUUUUUGGGUGUUGUUGCUGUCUGAAAGAUAAACUUAGUGAGGUUCCCACUACAGAGACAAGAGUGGGUCUAGGAGUUUCUUUUUUUAUGUUUGGUUGUGGGUUUGAGGUUUAUAGAGGUGUUUUGCUGGUAAAAAGUUGAGACUUUGUUGCAUAAUGGGAACAAGAGCAGAACGUAAUAAGGAAGAUUUUGUUGGUGGUGGGUUUGGAUUUGGAGUUGUAGAACAUUCCCAUAGAGAAGUUAUGUUACCACCAUCACAUCAUUAUCCAUCAUAUCCCUGUUACUGUUCCGCUGGUGUUACCGACCCUGUCUUCUCUGCUUCAAGCACUUCCCUCGCAGCAGGUUCUAGUUCUGCUGCUGUUUCAGCUGCAGACCCUUUAUUCACCUUGUGCUCCUCAGGGGAGAUGGGAAGAAGUAUGAGUGAAAAGGAAGGUUCAGCAGCUUUCAGUGAAGCUCAAUGUCAGGAGCUUGAGAGGCAGAGGAAUAUAUAUGAGUACAUCAUGGCUUCUCUUCCUGUUCCUCCUGAGCUUCUCACACCCUUUCCCAACCACCCUUCAAACUCUUACCAUCAAAAUGUGGCGAAAGGAGGUUCAUUGAAGCUGGGGAUUGCUUCAAACGCAAGCAACAACGCUGCUGAUAUGGAGCCAUGGAGGUGCAAGAGAACGGAUGGGAAGAAAUGGAGAUGCUCUAGAAGCGUGGUCCCUGAUCAUAAAUACUGUGAGAGACACGCACACAAGAGCCGUCCUCGUUCAAGAAAGCAUGUGGAAUCAUCUCAACACAAUGACACUCGUACCACUAGCCAGUAUGCCGGAACGUAUCCUCAGUUUUACGGACAGCCAGUAAACCCAUUCUCUACGUAUUCCACUUUUCACUCUUCAAAUGAUCACCACAGAGAAUUCAGGUGGUUUAUGAAAGAAGACGGCAAUGCAAAUUUGAAUCCAGGGGUUGGAGCAAGCAGAGAGCUUAAACGGGGAUUUGAUUAUGAUCUGAACUUCAGGCAGAAAGAGCCACUUGUGGACCAGAGCUUUGGAGCGUUGGAGGGUCUGUUUAGUCCAAGCCGCCAAGAGACGAGGCGGUUUUUUGUAGAAGGGGAUCAAGAUGAAGCAAUGGGAAGCUCUCUUACACUAUCAAUGGCAGGUGGAGGUGUGGAGGAAUUGGAGAGAAGAAACACGCAUCAGUGGGUUAGUCAUGAAGGACCAUCAUGGCUCUGUUCAACAGCACCAGGUGGACCAUUGGCUGAAGCACUGUUUCUUGGUGCCUCCAGCUACCCAAGUGCUACUAGUACUACUAAUAGCUGCAGCAGAAGCUCAAGCUAAAUUUAAAGAAAAAAAAAGUUGACUUGAGUUGUGUUGUUUUGCAAAUGAAAAACCGGUUUAGUAAUUAGAAAUCAAGCUAUCUUUUAGAUUAAA